AUGUCGCGGCCGGCCGGGCGCGCCGCGCUGCUGCCGCCGCUGCUGCUGCUGCUGCUGGGGCUGCCCGCGCUCCUGCCGGCGCGGCCCCGCUACGAGCCCACCUGGGGCUCGCUGGACGCCCGGCCGCUGCCCGCCUGGUUUGACGAGGCGAAGUUCGGCGUCUUCAUCCACUGGGGCGUGUUCUCGGUGCCCAGCUUCGGCAGCGAGUGGUUCUGGUGGUACUGGCAGAAGGAAAAGAGAGAGCCCUAUGUGAAAUUCAUGGAGGCCAAUUACCCACCUGGCUUCAGUUACGAAGAUUUUGGGCCACUGUUUACAGCAGAAUUCUUUGAUCCCAACCAGUGGGCAGAUAUUCUGAAGGCUUCAGGUGCAAAAUAUGUUGUCUUAACUUCAAAACAUCAUGAAGGCUUUACUUUGUGGGGGUCCAAAUAUUCUUGGAACUGGAAUGCUGUUGAUGUGGGACCGAAACGGGAUCUUGUUGCUGAACUAGCAGCAUCUGUUAGAAACAGAACUGACUUGCAUUUUGGGUUAUACCAUUCCCUGUUCGAAUGGUUUAAUCCUCUCUUCCUUGAGGAUGCCACCAAUGUCUUCAAGACAAGAAAGUUUCCAACCAGUAAAUCAUUACCAGAACUCUAUGAAAUUGUGACCAAGUACCAGCCAGAAAUAAUUUGGUCUGAUGGGAGUGGAAAUGCUCCAGAUACUUACUGGAACAGCACUGGUUUCUUGGCUUGGCUGUAUAAUGACAGCCCGGUCCGGGACACAGUUGUAACCAAUGACCGCUGGGGAGUUGGCAGCAUCUGUACCCACGGCGGCUUCUACACCUGCAGUGAUCGGUACAACCCUGGCCACCUCCUGCCUCACAAGUGGGAGAACUGUAUGACCAUCGACAGGAGGUCGUGGGGGUACCGCAGGGACGCGCAGCUCAGUGACUACCUCACCAUCGAGGACUUGGUGAAGCAACUCGUUGAAACAGUGUCCUGUGGGGGAAAUCUCUUGAUGAAUAUCGGGCCCACUCACGACGGUCGCAUCGCCGUUAUAUUCGAGGAGCGCCUGAGGCAGAUGGGUGCUUGGCUGGAGGUCAAUGGAGAGGCCAUCUAUGGAACGAAACCAUGGAGAGCACAGAACGACUCCGUCACACCAGAAGUGUGGUAUACUUUCAGCCCUAAAGAAGGGACAGUCAACGCCGUCUUCCUUAACUGGCCAGUUUCUGGGAUUCUGGAACUUGGUGAGCCACAGGCUAAGCUUGGAGAAACACAGGUAAAGCUGGCUGGCUACAAGGAACUGCUGAAAUGGGUUGCACCGGGAGAAAAGGGACUGAUUAUAGCUCUACCUCAAUUAACUCCUAAGCAAUUGCCAUGCCAGUGGGGCUGGACUUUACAACUGACUGCCAUAAAAUGAGCCAUGCUCUGCUGGAGCCCCAGCUAGCAGGUCAUGCUGAUGCUUUGCUGUUUCUCAUCACUGGUUUUGAACUUAAUUACCUGUAAAAACAAUAAAUUCACUUUUUUAAAUGAAAGGUAGGCUGUUAUUAAGGAAUGGAACAAACUUCACAUGAAGUCUAGCACGAGAUAGUUGAUCCUCUGCAUAUAUUUUUGUUUCUCUGAAGUUGUGUGAAAAACUGAGCAGCUACCUUGACCCCUCUACUCGUUUUAGUCAGGUACUGGC